GACAGAAAACUCACAAAAGUAGAGAGGCAGAGAUUUAAAGAGGAAGCAGAAAUGUUGAAAGGUCUACAACACCCAAACAUCGUGAGGUUUUAUGACUUCUGGGAAUCCUGUGCAAAAGGGAAAAGAUGCAUCGUGCUGGUUACUGAGCUGAUGACCUCUGGAACGCUGAAGACGUAUCUGAAGAGAUUUAAAGUGAUGAAACCAAAAGUCCUGCGGAGUUGGUGCCGGCAAAUCCUGAAGGGUCUUCUUUUCUUGCACACAAGAACUCCACCAAUAAUUCACAGAGACUUGAAAUGUGACAAUAUUUUUAUUACUGGACCAACUGGAUCUGUGAAAAUAGGAGACUUGGGUCUGGCAACCCUCAAGAGAGCUUCGUUUGCCAAAAGUGUAAUAGGUACACCAGAAUUCAUGGCCCCGGAAAUGUAUGAGGAACACUACGAUGAAUCUGUGGAUGUCUACGCAUUUGGAAUGUGCAUGUUGGAAAUGGCUACCUCAGAAUACCCUUACUCAGAAUGCCAGAAUGCUGCUCAAAUUUACCGAAAAGUAACCUGUGGUAUAAAGCCAGCAAGCUUUGAAAAAGUUACUGAUCCUGAAAUUAAGGAGAUAAUUGGGGAGUGCAUCUGCAAAAAUAAAGAAGAAAGAUAUGAAAUUAAAGAUUUAUUAAGCCAUGCCUUUUUUGCUGAAGAUACUGGGGUAAGAGUGGAACUUGCAGAAGAAGACCAUGGUAGGAAAUCCUCUAUUGCCUUAAGACUCUGGGUAGAAGAUCCUAAGAAACUGAAAGGAAAACCCAAAGAUAAUGGAGCCAUUGAGUUUACUUUUGAUCUGGAGAAGGAAACUCCUGAUGAUGUUGCACAAGAAAUGAUUGACUCUGGAUUUUUUCAUGAAAACGAUCUCAAGAUAGUUGCAAAGUCCAUACGUGACAGAGUGGCACUAAUCCUCUGGCGAAGAGAGCGGAUUUGGCCGAGGAUGCAGUCGGAGGAGCGUCGGGACUCAGAGUGCCUGGAGAAGCUAAAGGCACCACAGGCACAGCAGGUCCAGGUCACCUACCUUUCUCACACGGGGCACCACAUCCUGUCAGAGUCAGAGGAGCCAGAGGCAGACCAGCACCCCUUCCAGCAGAACCUGCCCACCAGCGUCACCUCAGUCGCGUCUGACAGCACGUUUGACAGCGGCCAGGGCUCCACUGUUUAUUCCGACUCCCAAAGCAGCCAGCAAAGUGUCAUCUACUCGUCCCUGCCCGACCCGGUCCCUCCUGCCAUCCAGCGGGUGUACAGCCCUCCUCUGAGUGAGACCCAGGCUGUGUCCCACAGCCUGCCCCAGCUCGGGCACUACCAGCAGCCCUCAGGAAGUCCCCAGCCCAUCUCCCAGCCAGCCCCUCUGCAGCAGGUCCUUGCCAGCCAGCCCGUGUGCCCACUCCAGCCUGCACCCCACCUGCUCCCGCAGUACCAGUCGCAGGGCUCGCAGGUGGCAGCCAGCAGUACCCCCCUGAAACCCCUGCAGAUCUCCACCGUGCCGCAGCUCCCACCCGUGGCCCCUUCCCAGAUUCCUCAGUUUCCUGUCAUUCCUGCAAUUACUCCUCUGGCAGGACUUGACAGCCUUCCUCCAAACCUCUCU